AUGACCAGCUCACAUACAACACCCACGCACCCUCCACCCCACUUCCCCACCCUCUUUUACCAACGGCGCCCAUUGCCCAUCUGCAUGCGGCACCCACGCACUCUUCAACCACCAUUUCCCAUCGUUUAUACGGCACCCACACAUUCUUCCACUCCCUUUCCCACCCUUUUCACCAACGGCGCCCAGCGCCUCUCGUUCCGCGCCUCACAAACUUCCCAAUUCCACCCAUUUCACAACAACCGCCCACCCGCAGACCCUACGCACCCAUGUAACGCACGCACGCACCCUUCCACUCCCCUUCCCACCCUUUUCACCAACGGCGCCCACUGCCUGUCGUUUUCGCGCCCAAUAAACUGCUCAAACCCAUCCAUUUCGCAAACAGCGCCCACAGCGCCCUUCGCCUUUCCGUCCAAACGUCCACCAGUGGACUCACCACAUCCGCACACCCCACCUUGUACCCUCCCACUCCCCUUUCCUACCCUUUUCACCAACGGCACCCAGCGCCUCUUGUUCUGCGCCUCACAAACUUCCCAAUUCCACCCAUUUCACAACAACCGCCCACCCGCAGACCCUACGCACCCAUGUAACGCACGCACGCACCCUUCCACUCCCCUUUCCCACCCUUUUCACCAACGGCGCCCACUGCCUGUCGUUUUCCACCCAGUAAACUGCUCAAACCCAUCCAUUUCGCAAACAGCGCCCACAGCGCCCUUCGCCUUUCCGUCCAAACAUCCACCAGCGGACUCACCACAUCCGUGUACCCCGCCUUGUACCCUUCCACUCCCCUUUCUCGCCCUUCUCACCAACGGCGCCCAGUGUCCGUCAUUUCACGCCCAACAUCGUUUCGCGCCCAACCACACUCAUCCCCCACCAUUUCACAAACGGCGCCCAACGCCCAUCCCUGCAGACUCAACACAUCCGCUUCCACUCCCGUCUCAUAUCGUUUCGCGCCCCCACCUUAGACUCAACGCAUCCACUUCCACUUCCCUCCUGUAUCGUUUCGUGCCCCACCUUACGUACACACGCCCUUUUAGUAGGAGAGUUAUAUACAUCUGGUAG